AGUUUUUCUCCACGUCGAUUUCUGCUCUCGCCCGCGGUUCCCGCUUCUUAACCUCCUCCCGGUCGGCCUCUCUCCACCGCCGCUCCGCUCCGCUCCCCACAUUUUCCCAUUUCCUUCUCCUGCUCGCCUCCAGUCAAACCCGUCUCAGAAGGAAAAGGCUUCGUCGACUCCUCCUCGGCUUCAACCCUCGCCUCGUGGCCUCCGGGGUGAAGAUUGGGACCCGUUUCCCCGGUGUUGUUCGUCAGGCUUCCUGUCAAAGGCUGUUUCUGUAGACUGGUAAACUUGUCUUACGUCAUGGAGAGUAUGGACAAGGAUGAGAAGAAAAAAUCUGUCACUGAAGAGUCUCCUAUUCCUGGAGAAGUUGGAGAAGAUGAAGAUUUGUCGAGAAAAACAGAAAUGUUGAACGUAAAAGAAGCAAUAAAUUCUUCGAAUGAGAAUAUAAGCAUUGAGUCAGAAGUGCAGAUUCAAGGGGGAGGUAAUUCAGAAAAGGAUUUAAAUUCGCAGAUGAAUGAAAGCAGAAGCUCAGAUGCCAUGGAACCUAUAGAUUCAAACCAGACCAUGAAAGAGAUUCUUUCUGAAGACCAUUCUGAGGAGGCAGUUUUCGAUGGAACUGAGGUUCCUGAAAUGGAAGAAUUGAGGCAUUCAUCUAAUCAAUCUGUGGAACUUGAAUCAGAAGCUCAGGGUUCUGUACUCAAUGAACGAGCUGCUGCAAUUAAGAAUUUUGUUAAGGAAAAGGGUGCCACGGUUUCAACAUUUAUACGGCGCCUUUCUGGCAAAAAGGAUGAGACUGACUUUUCUAUUGAACAUGACAAGAGUGAUGGUUCAGAAUGUAUCGACAGUGAGAAGGCUGGGUCAGAUGCUGAAUCUAAACCUAAGGAGGUGCAGCAGAAAUCUGAGGAAAGAGCUACAUGGAAUCCACUGAACUUGAUAAAAAUUGGACGAGAUUUUGAUACUUUUAUAACUGGGGAAGCUGGGAAUGAAGAUGUGCCUGGUUUGUUGGAGCAACCAGCAAUGAAGGGAAGGGUUAUACUGUACACAAAACUGGGGUGUGAAGAUUGCAAAAUGGUUCGGCUAUUCAUGCAUCAGAAAAGGCUUAAGUAUGUUGAGAUUAACAUUGACAUAUUCCCUAGUAGAAAGUUGGAAUUGGAAAAGAAUACUGGGUCAUCCACUGUACCGAAAGUGUACUUCAAUGAUCUGCUGAUCGGAGGAUUAACUGAAUUGAGGAAAAUGGAGGAGUCUGACAUACUUGAUGAGAGUAUUGGUCUUCUUUUCAAAGAAGAACCCUCAUCUUCUGCUCCCUUGCCUCCCUUACCUGGAGAAGAUGACAAAUCUGGAAGUGGGAAGAUAGAUGAGUUGGCAACCAUUGUCAGAAAAAUGAGAGAGUCGAUCACUCCUAAGGAUAGAUUUUACAAGAUGAGAAGAUUUAGUAAUUGCUUUCUUGGUAGUGAAGCUGUGGAUUUCAUAUCCGAAGAUCAGUAUUUAGAGAGAGAUGAGGCAGUGGAAUUUGGAAGGAAGCUUGCAAGCAGACACUUCUUUUGUCAUGUUCUAGGUGAAAAUGUCUUCGAAGAUGGAAAUCAGCUGUACCGUUUCUUGGAUCUUGAUCCCAUAAUUAUGACUCAGUGCUACAAUAUCCCUAGGGGCAUCAUUGAUGUUGCACCAAAACCCAUUGUUGAGGUGGCAUCAAGGUUGAGAUUGUUAUCUUAUGCCAUUUUUGAAGCUUAUGUAUCUGAGGAUGGUAGACAUGUUGACUACAGAAGCAUCCAGGGAUGUGAGGAAUUUAAAAGGUACAUUAGAACAAUUGAGGAACUCCAGAGGGUGGAAACUGAUGACAUGUCACGUGAAGAAAAGCUCGCUUUCUUCAUAAAUCUCUACAAUAUGAUGGCUAUCCAUGCAUUAGUGACAUGUGGUCAUCCCACUGGACCAUUGGACAGGAGAAAUUUUUUUGGAGAUUUUAAGUAUGUCAUUGGUGGAUGUUCCUACUCAUUGUCAGCAAUCCAGAAUGGCAUUCUACGUGGCAACCAACGGCCACCAUACAACAUUGCCAAGCCUUUCGGACAGAAAGAUCAAAGAUCCAAGGUUGCACUUCCAUACCCUGAACCUCUUGUUCACUUUGCUUUGGUAUGUGGCACAAAAUCUGGACCUGCACUGAGGUGUUACUCGCCAGGAAAUAUUGAUAAAGAAUUGAUGGAAGCUGCGCGUGGUUUCCUAAGGAAUGGAGGACUGAUUGUAGAUCCUGAAGCAAAGAUUGCAUCUGUAAGCAAGAUUUUACGAUGGUAUAGUACAGAUUUUGGUAAUAAUGAGACGGAAGUGCUGAAGCACGCUUCGAAUUAUCUUGAGCCUGCACAGUCUGAGCAACUCUUGGAACUUCUCGCGAGCACUCAACUGAAAGUCUUGUACCAACCCUACGACUGGAGCAUAAAUAUUUAGAUGCAGCGUGAUAUUUAUCCAGAUGUUUCGGUUAUAUUUGAAUACUGUUACACAAAGAUUCGUGGAACGAUGCCGCUUGUGUAACCCAGAAUUUUUUUCUUUUGAUCAGCCGGGUGCACCACCGAGUGUGCUUGUGCUGUGGCAAAAUGGAUGACUCAUGAGUACCAAAUCAACUAUAUAUGUUGAACUAA